AUUCUCUCAUCAAGAAUGCUCCUGUCUGGGUGCUUAGGCUGAAACUCGUAUAUUAUACUGGUCGGGUCUGAGAAUCUACAGAGAUAACCUUUUCUCUAUCUGUCUCUGGUUGUGGCGGCUGCUGCAAGCUGCAUUAUCAUUUUGUAAAACAAAAAAAACAAAAAAAAAAAAGAUGAAGGCUUUUGCAUAGCCUACGCUCUUCUUUACACUAUUUAUCACCACCAACAAUGACCUUCUCCAUCAAAUUUGGACUUCCUCUAUCAACCAAAUUCCCGCCCUAUUUUCCCAACCACAAAGAAAGAAGUUCAAAUGUUACUCUACCGUCUCAAGUUAUCCACAAAUCAACUGGAGUAGUCACAGCUCAGCUUCCCUUUCUUGCACACGCUGAAACUUCCGACAAGUCUCAAAUUCAAUCCGUAAUUGAUCUCCUACGCGACUUCGCAGACAAAGGGUAUGCCAAACAGGUGCAAGCGCUUCAUGGGCUUGUGUUAAAAUCCAAUUUUUCUGAUCAAGACUUGGUGGUACUUUUGAAUCAUGUGGCCCAUAUGUACUCGAAAUGCUCAGAUUUUGACUCUGCUAGGCGAGUUUUUGAUAAAAUGUCGCAGAGGAACAUAUUUUCUUGGACUGUCAUGAUUGCUGGAUCAACAGAGAAUGGAUUUUACCUUGAUGGGUUUGACUACAUUGUUCAGAUGUUAAAUCAUGGAAUUUUACCGGAUAAAUUUGCCUAUUCUGCGGUUUUACAGACAUGUAUUGGUUUAGAUUGUGUUGAAUUGGGCCAAAUGGUGCAUUCCCAAAUUGUUAUUAGAGGCUUUACAUCUCAAACGUUUGUUGCUACGUCUCUUCUUAAUAUGUACUCAAAGUUAGGAAGGAGCAGCGAUUCGUAUAAAGUAUUUAACACCAUGGCAGAACAUAACGAAGUUUCUUGGAAUGCUAUGAUAUCGGGUUUUACAAUGAACGGUCUUCACUUAGAAGCAUACAAUCAUUUUGUUAGGAUGAAGAAUGAAGGAGUUAAACCGAAUGUAUACACGCUCAUCAGUGUCUCGAAAGCAGUUGGACAAUUAAGUGAUGUCUAUAAGGUUAGAGAGGUUCAAGAUGUUGUAUCUGAAUUGGGCAUGGAGUCUAAUGUUCUUCUGGGAACUGCUUUAAUCGAUAUGUACUCAAAAUGUGGACUUUUGGAUGAUGCAUGGUCUGUUUUUGAUGCAAAUUUCUUCUGUUGCAGACUGAACACACCAUGGAAUGCAAUGAUUUCAGGCUAUUCACAGCACAGGUAUGCCAAAGAAGCUGUGGAACUCUACAAAAGAAUGUGCCAAAAGGAUAUCAAACCAGAUAUAUACACUUACUGUAGUGUAUUCAAUGCAGUUGCUGCUUUGAAAUGUCUACACUUUGUCAAGGAAGUUCAUGGGAUGAUCGUAAAAAAUGGACAAAUUAUGACAGUCAUAAGUGUUUGCAAUGCAAUUGCUGAUGCUUAUGCUAAAUGUGGCUCUCUCAAAGAUGUAAAGCAGCUUUUUGACAGGAUGGAGGAGCGAGAUAUGAUCUCUUGGACAACCCUGGUGACUGCUUAUUCCCAGUGUGGUGAAUGGGACGAAGCACUGGCUAUUUUCUCACUGAUGAGGGAAGAUGGCUUUCAACCGAAUCAAUUUACCUUUUCCAGUGUUCUUGUAUCGUGUGCUAGCCUUUGUUUUCUUGAAUAUGGUCAGCAAGUCCAUGGACUUAUAUUCAAGGCUGGCUUUGAGAGUGACAAAUGCAUAGAGAGUGCUUUGCUUGACAUGUAUGCCAAAUGUGGCUGUAUAAUUGAGGCAGAAAGGGUUUUUGAUAAAUGUGAUGACCCAGAUACAAUUUCAUGGACAGCUAUAAUAUCAGGCUGUGCUCAAAAUGGUAUGAUAAAGGAUGCUCUUCAACUUUUUACAAAAAUGGAGUUACAAGGAUUGAAACCCAAUGCUGUUACCCUAUUGUGUGUUCUGUUUGCUUGCAGCCAUGGAGGAAUGGUAGACGAAGGCCUAUAUUAUUUUCAACUGAUGGAGGAAAAAUAUGGUCUCGUGCCACAGAUGGAACAUUUUGCUUGUAUUGUUGAUCUCCUGGGUCGUGUGGGGCGGUUGGACGAAGCAUUGGAAUUUAUAAGGAAGAUGCGCAUUGAACCAAAUGAAAUGGUUUGGCAAGCACUGCUGGCGGCAUGUAGAGUUCAUGGAAAUCUUGAGAUGGCAGAGAUUGCUGCUCAGAAGAUCCUUUCCAUCAAUCCGGAGUACUCGUCUACCUAUGUUCUUCUGUCCAAUACAUACAAAGAGACGGGGAGUUUUGAAGAUGGACUUAUUUUCUGGGAUGUAAUGAAAGAGCGUGGUGUUAGAAAGGAACCUGGAUAUAGCUGGAUUUAUGUCAAAGGUAAACUCCAUAAAUUCUAUUCAGGAGAUCAACGACAUCCUCAAAAUGAUGACAUAUACUUGAAGUUGGAAGAGUUAAGGGACAAUGUGAAGUCCAUGGAUUAUGUACCCUACUUUUGUCUUGAGACCUGACUUAGGCUGUAGAGCAAUAACUGAGGAGUACAAGUAAUGGAAUCUCAAAAGAGAAUGAGUGACUAUAUUUAUCUCAUGCACAGUACGAUUUCAACAAACUUCUUUACUAGAAAGAAUGAUAAAUUCCAUUCGGGGAUGUUGGAGAGAUAUCCAAGAACAACUAGUGGAAAGUCACAAGUAGUUUGGAUUAUAUACCUGCAGCAUAUACACAAUAUCAAAUUCAAUAAUAGUCUGCUUGAAUAAAUCGAUAAGAUCUCAUGUCCAAAUACAGAGAGCAGAAGGGAAAAGUUUUUAAGAGCUAUGGUAUGGUUGCCAUCUUGAACUGAGGAAGCUGAUGAUCUCCAAAAUUUUGUUAUAGCUCCUGAAUGGACUAUAUCUCGAGCAGGUAAAUGAUAGCAAGAAUAUUUCUUUUAUAUUCUUUACCGUUUGGACUGUGUUGUAUGUAUAUUGUGUUGAAAUGAGCUAGCAAAAACAAUUCAAGACAUGGAACAGUCUAAACUACAAUUAUUUUCUAAAUAAUUUUCUGUGACCGCCCUUUUGGUCCUGAAAGUGGAUUAAUUUUACUAUCUUGAAUUCCUUGUGUUUACUA